UUUGGUAGUUUCUUUUAUUUUGUUCUGUAACCUGUGGGUAUAUCCAGAAGCCCUGAGGAUUUAUCAGGUAGCCCAGGGCUUUUUCCAGAAGGCCACAGCAGGGUCCGUGCAUGUAUUUUUCAUCUCACUUAACAGUUAUGACAUGCCUUGUAGGCUUAUUUUAAACCUCUUUUCAGUUUGGCUGUGUAAUAUUUGGCCUCAUUUCUGUGGAAUAGAUACAUCACUGAAAAACAGGAGCUAGAAGGAUCCUGCAUGGAAAAGGAGAGGGUUACAAGUGAAGAAAAUUUGCUUUUUUUUUUUUGUUAAAGAAGACUAGGAAAGACAAUUCAAGAAGAGUUGGACCGAACUUUGAAAGUCCUCAAGCAAAAAUAUCCAGUAAAUUCUUUGGAUUUUUUGAUGAAGAAAUUAUUUUGACACUAAAGACUAGAAGUCAGUUUCUAGCAGCUGUUUCUGCACUGCCUAAGAGCAUGUGGCAUGAAUAAAACCCCACAGUGUGAGGUGCUAUAUAAAUACAGAAAAUUUAAAAAAAGAUAUUUGCCCAUGCUGCAGAAAUCACCUGUCUGUACCACACUGGGUCUCUCUGCUGCAGCUCAGUUUGCUGGGCACUGGUACCAUGUGCUAAGGUCACAGGUGGCAACAGUCAUGUUCCACUUUUGUGGAAAAAUGACCCAAAAAUGUAUCAGCUGUGCAGCUCCAUCAUCCCUUAUGUUGCCAUGAUCAGUGCAUAUGACAAGGUUUCUGAGAGGAUUUUGGGUUCUGUUAGUGAAAAUGGAUAAAUGGUGGCCUUUAGGUGCAGUUGUCUUUCUCCAGACUCAUCCUCUUAGCACGUCCUGAAUGAAAGAGAUGAGUUUGUUCAUGGAAUGGGCUGCAAUAUUUUAAUGCCAUGAAGACUAAUUGGCAUCCAAGAAUAAAGAUAAUCCCCACUAGCACAUCUAAUUAGAAGAGCAAUCCUCAUCCUGAGGAUGCAGCUUCCUCUCAAUUUAGAAGGAGCUCAGGCACAGAAAUUUGCUUGUCAUCCUUUGAAGUUCCAGCUUUAGCAUGAGCCAAAUGGGUAAUUUUUUAAAGCGUUUGUAUUUGAGAGAAUCCCACAGGAUAAAUAGUGUUUAUUCAUAGAGCAAUAGAUUGUCACAACAUUGUGAGGCGUGGAUGUCACUGCAAUCAGAGUACUGACACAGCUGAGAAAGGAGGUUGGGGUGUGCCACUCACAGCUGAUCAAAUGAAAUGUGCCUUUGCCGGCAGUAAUCCUGAUUUAGUGCAGUCACAGCUCUCUCCUGAUCUGCAGAGAAACUCACCCCAGCUGACACCUGGCUGUAAAAGUCCAUGUGAAGUGACAGUGCUUUGAAAAUAGAGGUUGACUUAAUUAACUGUGGGCAAGAUGCUUGGAUGCUCUGGUUUUCCAGUGCUGCAGAAAAGUCUGUGGGAUCCUGUUUUGGAAUCUGACCCUGAAGACAGAGUUGGAUAUCCUCCAGCAAGUUCUGUCCCUACUCCUCUCAAGGACCUCCUGCAACACUUGAAAAUCUUUGUAACCUUGAACCUGAUGGAAUCUGAAAGUGUGAAGUUGCUCCCAUGUAGACCCUGAUAUAACUGAUGGCAAAACAUACUAUUUAUAUGCCUGCAGAAGCAGAGAACGCAUAAAAGGCAAAUGUUUAAUUUGAAAUUCUUUCUCAUGAGCAGCUGAAGAGGUUGGGGCCAGGCUGAAUCCUCACACAGACAGGGGAGGACAUGGGGGCCUUAGAGUCAGGGAAGCUUGUCAGUCUUUUGAAACAGGCUCUUGAUUUCCCAAAGCCAAGGCUGGAGAUUUCCAAAGAAGCAUCUGCCUGUGGAGAUGGGGUUGGCACAGGCAGUACAGGAACAGCAUGCAGGAGGGGAGAUGGGGAGAUGUUGCAGAUGGUUUGUUUUCCAUGGUGGCCGGGUGGCUGGGUUCUAUUAUUUUGCAGCAAUUGUAACUGAAUGCAAGGUGAACAAGGUGUCUGGCUUUGCCUCCUGCUGUCUCCUCCAGGCUGUCUCUGAAACAGGCUUCAAAUGGAGCUGGGAUUCCUGCUUCCCUUAGGCACCGAUGGAGCUGCUGGUGCCAGCACAGUUCCAGUGGAAAAAGAUCGUACUGAAGAAAUGGUAACCCGGUGCAUAGUGGAGGUUCUGUCCAAUGCUCUGUCUAAGCCAAAUGCACCCCCCAUUAAUCCUGAAUGCAAAGAAAUCCUGAAGAAGAGUGAUAAAAAUGACAGAGAGAGAAGUGAAAGCAAACAGCCUGAAGUGAGGCAUCCCAAAGAUCCAGCAGAGAUGGAAAAGCAUCCUUCUGGGAGUGUGGAGGAAGAACAAAGGCAGGCAGAAGAGGAAUCUAAAAAGUAUAUGGAAGGAGGUGAUGAGGAGAAACUUGCUCGUGAGGAAGGCAAAAGCAAGGAAGAGGAGGCUGGACACCACACACCUGCUCAGGAUGAGACACUUCACACAGAAGAAAAAAAGCACUACCAGGAAAUUGGGAGAGAGGAAGAGAGGAAUUACCACAGUGAAGAGGAAAGCAAAGACAGCAAGUGCUGUGAGGAUGUAGAGGCUGCUGUUCUCACCAAGAAGUCCCACUCUGAGGGCAUGAGCAUGGAUGAGUUCCGUGGUGGGAAUGAUCAGAGCCCCAGGGGCCGCUGGCACCUGGAGGAGGGAAUGCAGAGCCCUUACAAACAAAUUCGGGAAGGUGAAGAGGGAGAGGAAGAAAGGAGUGAGAAAUACCACCAUGAGUCUCAGGAACGUGGCUUCUCCCACCAGCAGGAGCGUGAGGAAUCUGAGGAGAGUGAAGAAAGAGAGGAGGGAAAGGAACCCUACAAACCCAAAGGUUCUCAUGGGAAGCACAGAGCGGGUGACUCCUAUGAAGAGAAGACAGGCCACGGCAGUGAGAGGGGGGAACCAGCUGGGGGGUCACGCCUGGGGGAGGCCAGUCCCUGGGAGCAGUGGAAGCACCGUCAGAAGCAUCAGGGAGACUCUGAGGAGAAGGGUGGCUCUCCUGGGAGGCGUGGGCCUGAGGAGCUGCAGGAGGAGAGGCCUGCAGAGCAGGACAGUGAGGAGCACAGGGACAGCUGGCAGCAGAGCCAGGAGAGCAGGGGAGAGGAGAACAAGAGGCGUCACCACAGCGAGGAGAGCAGUGAGAAGUGGCGUGAGGAGAGAAGACACCACGAUGGCUCACACCAUUCUGAGGGGAGGAUGUACCUUGCUGAUGAAAAUGAGGGAGAGCUGGACAGGUAUCUCAGCAAGGAGAAGCAGCAGCGUGUGGGAGGGAGAUCCCACGCACGGAACAAGGAGGAGGAAGGGUCACAGAAAGCCUAUGCUCGAGAGCGCCAGGGGCAGGCCAGGAGGCACUACAGCACUGAGGACAGCCUGGAGGAGCAGGAGGUGGUGGAGAAGAAGCAUCACAGCAGUGACCAGGUGGAAAAUGAAGAGGAGGAAGGAUUUGCAGAGAGAGAAGAGUACAGAGGCCAUCUCCCUGCAGAGAAAGAGAAGAGAACUGCAGCAUCCUACAGGCCUUUCUACCCGCUGCUGUGGUGGAAAAGCCAACACUUGGACAAAAGGGACGGUGCAGGGGAGCAGCUUCUGGAGGGCAGGGAGGAAGGCAGGCCUGCCCUGAGUGAGAAGAGCCUUUUCCCCGAGUACAAUGACUAUGAGUGGUGGUCAGAAAAGCAAAUCCAGAGCGCUCUGAACCACAGGCACACCAAGAAGAGGAAUCCUGGCAAAACGAACAGGUACGACGUGGAAAGGCAGUACAACAAGAUGGAUCAACUUGCACAACUUCUGAACUACAGGAAGAAGUCAGCUGAACUCCCAGAGCUGUACAGCUCUGGAGAAAACCUGAAGAAACGUCACGUAGCUGGGAAUGACAGAAGGAGCCUCAGCCAGAGGCCCCUGACGGAAGAGGAGGAGAAGCAGCUGGAAAACUUGGCCACCAUGGAUCUGGAGCUGCAGAACAUAGCAGAGAAGAUCAACAGCCUCAGGAGAGGCUGAAGGUGUCUCUUCAAUACCUGUGUUCUGUGGUAAAUUCACUGCCCCUGGGUUGUUUGCCCUAAACCCAGGAAAUUCUAUUCACUGUCCACUCUCGUGUAGUGAUUUACACAGCUCAAAGUGUCUUUAAUUUGCUGUUAUGCUCUUGAGACCUGAAUGGCAUGAGUUUUAGUAAUAUAGCCUUUCAUGUGGGCAGGUAUUUUUAAUAUGCUUUUGGAGAUAGUUGUGUUAGUGUUCUUCAGGAAUAUAUUUGUCUGAGUUUGCAAUAAUAAAAACCAUUGAUCUUGGA